AUGAACACCAGGGCAAAGCCCGUGCUAACGGCAGUGGAAGAAACAGCCAGCAGUCCGUGGGACACGCCUGCGGGCGGUGAGGGCGUCGGCAGCAGCACAAAGGUGAUUUCGACGGCCGAGCUCGACAACGAGGUGGCCAGCAUCAUCUCGAGCCUGAGCGGAGCCAAGUCGAACCUGUUUGGCCAGCCUAACUCCGUAUUUGCACAGCCGGUGAGCGCCACACUGGGCGAAGGGCUGGCGAGCGACUCGGGGUCGGAGUUCCCGAACCUGAAGGACGCGCUGAGCGCAAUCAGCGCGCCGGUGCCGCAGCACAAGUCCAGGUUCACCAACAACCUGUUUGGCGCGGCGUCCAUCUCGGGCGUCAACGUCUCGAGCUUCAGUCAGUCGGGGCUCGGGUCGUCCAAUUUUUUGGAGAAGUUUGCGUCUGUGACAGAGAAGACGCGGGAGCUCGAGCUCAGGAUGGCCAGACUCAACAUCCAGAACUCCGCUACGCCGUCCACGGGCUCGGGAAACACCGGCUCGCUCUCCUCGUCGGAGCUGGACCCGUCGCGUCGCUCGUCCAACCUCAACAGCACGGAGAUCCCGUCGCCCCAGGCGGCUUUCAGGGAGCCCAGAAAACAAAGUUUCAGCGAGAAGUUCGACAACUACGUCUCCAACACCAACUCGCCCACCAAUCAGUUCGUCACGGGCUCUCCCAACGCCCUCUCCUUUGCGGACGUACCGUCUGAACACAGCUCGGCCAUUUUGGAGUCUCCCCAUGACCACGCCAAGAGCCCAUGGAACCCGGCAACGGCGCCUACGUUCCAGCCUCGCGGUUUCGAGAAGCCGAUGGCCCCCCAGUUUGGCCCGGCGUUCGACCCAGAGAUGAACGGGUUCCCCAUGAUGCCGCCUUACGGCCUGGGCCAGUGGCCUGCGUGGGGGCAGAUGCCGCCUCCGCCGCCGAUGGGGCCUUUUGCACCUGGACCAGGGCCUGAUGAAGAAGGCUGCGAAAAGACCGACGACGAGCAGCAGGCCGGCGUGCCUGCGCCGCAGGGCUUUUUCCAGCCAGGUUUGCGGUCCAUGACGCCUUUCAUGAUGCCUUCGUUCAGUCCUUACGGGUUUGUCGCGUCCCCUCCACCGGUGGUGCCUGCCGAGGUGUCGCCGCUGCAGCACGAGGCCCACAUAGCCCCGUCCAAAACCGGGUCUCCUGGGAAACCGAUCAAGAAGAGCAUCUCGCCCAAAUCUGCCAAGAUGAAGAAGCACAUUGUGCGGUCGCCGUUGCUUGAGGAGUUUAGAAACAACAAGAACAAGGAGUACACGUUGAAAGACAUCUACGGCCAUGGCUACGAGUUUGCAAAAGACCAGCACGGAUCCCGGUUCAUUCAACAGCAACUGGCUCUGUCCAACGAGAGAGACAAAGAGGUGAUUUUCAACGAGAUCAGAAAUCAUGCAAUGGACCUCAUGACGGACGUUUUUGGAAACUACGUGAUCCAGAAGUACUUCGAGCACGGAAACGACAUCCAGCGGAAAGUGAUGUUUGAAUCGAUGCGCGGGAGCUUUUACGACCUGUCGUUGCAGAUGUACGGGUGUCGUGUGGUACAGAAAGGCUUGGAGGCUCUGGAGCUGGAAGACCAGCUGCAGAUCCUGGACGAGCUGAGAGAAAACAUCUUGCUUCUGGUGAAGGACCAGAACGGCAACCACGUGAUCCAGAAGUCGAUCGAGUGCAUUCCGAUAGCCAAGAUCCCAUUCAUUUUGGACUCGAUCAAACACCAGAUCUACCAUCUGUCAACGCAUCCGUACGGCUGCAGAGUGAUCCAGCGACUAUUGGAGUUUUCGGACGAGGCCGACCAGCAGUUCAUUCUGGACGAGCUAAAGGACUACGUGUACUAUCUGAUCCAGGACCAGUUUGGAAAUUACGUGAUCCAGCAUGUUAUCGAGCACGGCUCUGUCAAGUACACGGACGAGAUACUGCAAGUUGUGCUGGAUAAUCUGGUCGAGCUAUCGAAGCACAAGUUUGCGUCGAACGCUGUGGAAAAAUGUAUUAUUCAUCAAACUGAGGAAAACAGGGGUAAGAUCUACAAGGAGAUCAUGCGCGACAACAUGGAUCCGCACGGCAAGCUGGACGAGAACAGUUGUCUCUGUGUGAUGAUGAAAGAUCCGUUUGCGAACUACGUGGUGCAGAAACUUGUAGAGCUCGUUGACGACCAGAAGAAGGGGCUACUGGUGAAGAAAAUUCGGGACUACCUGAAGCUGAUCAGCAAGAACAACUAUGGCAAGCAUUUGGCUAGUAUUGAGAAGCUGAUUGCGUUGAGCGAGACUUAUGGAGACGGUGCACGGGUGUGA